AUGAGUGAUAAAUCCUCAUCAUCAGGCAGCUAUUACUCAUCAGAUUCACCAGAUAGUUCUCGACACGAGUCAAAGAGAUCAAAGGCUAAAUCUCGUUUUAAAUCUAAUUGGAGAAGUUCUGAUUCAGAUCAAUCAUCAACAUAUUUAUCAGAUAUUUCAUCAGAUUCAAAGCAACAAACGAAAACAACCAAAAUAAAACAUAGUGAUCAAGAAGAAUCAUCAAAAUCUUCUAAAAAAGGAGGAUAUUUCGAGGAUAAUGAUGAUAUGCUUGACAGCGUUCAAGAUGGUGCAAAUUGGUGGCAAGCACAGAAUUCACUCAUGACAAAGAUUAAUCAGCCAUUAAAUAACAAGCCAAGAGUUCAUAAUCCAGAUAAAGAUACAGAAUUAAUGACAGGAAUGUAUGAACCAAUGGAAAUAAGGCCGAAAAACAGUGAAUCAGGCAAUGAUUUUGCAAAUAAUGAUGCAGUUGUAGAUUUUGACCCAACUUCUUUGAAACAUGUUAAAAAUUACAAUGAAAGUGCGCAAGAUUACCUCCUAAUUGAUCUCAAGAGUCCACUGAUAUGGACAAUUGGCUUUAUGGUACUUGCUGCCAUUCAUUUAGGAUUUGCUUUUUAUUUUUGGUACAAAGAAGGCGACAAAGGUUUCGCAAACUUCAAAUCAUACAACAUUCAAGAGAAUUUAUACUACGGACCUUCAGCAAAGCUUCUCAUGAGAGUUGGAGCUUUGUAUCCACCAUGGAUUUAUGAUGGAGAGUGGUGGAGACUUCUCGUUGCUAUUUCUCUUCAACCAGGAGUUGCAAUUUUGGCUAUUGACAUUGUUUACAUGGGACUUCUCUACGAGAUUGAAAGAUACAAUGGUUUCUGGUCAGCUUUGCUAAUAUUCUUGUUAUGCGGACUCUAUGGAAACGUUUUAUCUUCAUACAUCAUCUCUGAGUCAGUUAUUUGCGGUGCAACAGGAGCUAUAUGCGGCUGGCUAGGAUUUUCUCUCACAAGACUCAUUGCAAGUUUCCAUAUUAAAAAGCGAGUUUGCUAUUUGAUCACAGAGAUAUUCAUGAUAAUUUUCAUUGGUGCUGUUGGAAUUCUUCCUUAUGUAGACAACUUCCAACAUGUUGGAGGAUUUGUUUUAGGCGUUUUACUUUCUCUUGCACUUCUUCCGAACAACACAAAGACAAAAUGCGCUGCAAUUGCAAGAGGAAUCACUGCAUUUUUGGCAUUCCCUAUUAUGAUCAUUGUGUUCUCUGUUGUUGUAACAUUUGUCAUCAAGAAUAAUUUACUUGAUGGAAAGUGCAAAUUCUGCCCUAAAAUACAAUGUCAAAAUCUAAUUAAAAACAAACCAUGGUGCUUAACAAAUAUACCUUCCCUGCAAGAUGUUUAUCCACCAAAUAUUAGUGAUAUCAAUAAAUCUGCAGUCCCAGAAGAAUAA